AUGGGAUUGGAACUAAUGCAUCUAGAUAGUGUCAUCAAAGGCCCGAGCCUAUCCAAGGAUAACGAUAAGAAGGGCAAGAAGAUACUCUCAUGCUAUGCUUGUGGCAAACCUGGUCACAUUAUGAGGAACUGCCGAUCCAAGAACAAGGUAGUUCAAUACGUGAAUACCCUCAUCACUCUUAACAGAGAAGAUGCCACAAUUGGGCAAGAUGGAGACCCUGAAUGGGUUGUUAUCCCAAACCAAGUUUGGAAGCCAGAGAGCGAAGAGAUGCCCUGGACUCAAGAGGAUGAGGAUGCUGACACCCCUUUGUUGGGAGAUGUCGAAGAAGAUACCACUGGAUACAAGACAUCUGAGGAAAGACGACCGCUUAUACCCUAUCCUACACCAACUGAAUUCCUACCUCGAGGAGAAAUCACCAGUGAAGCUGAUGUCAACUAUUUGAUUCAUGAAUUCGCUAGACAGAUACAACCUCCUCCGCAGGAUACAAAGGAAUGA